AUGAGAUUCGCCUGCCAUGUGGCCGACAACCUCGACAAGCUGAGGAUGACAGGCCAAGGGCAGCCUGAGCUUCCGGAGGUUGUGCCGCCGGGGACAGACACGUUUCGUGCUAUGUCCUACAAUACGAACCCGGAGCUUUGGUCGAAUGUGAACUUCAAAGAGUGUUUUGUGUAUUUGAGAGGAUCCACAAAGCUCAAGGUUCCCGAAAAGUGGAAAACCUUGGACAGACUCUUGCUGGCUGCUCGUGCGAGACUGGGGCGCUUCGUGGCCCCAAAGAAGAAUCGCAAGGAACUCCAGGCACCAGACUGGGUCAAAAAGCAUUGGGAGGGCCACAAGGCGGAAAUGAGUGCGCUCUUGAGAGACUGCAAUUUCGACAAGGAAUGCUUCAUGCAGAAGCUGGAGCGAAUCAUCACCAAGAAGGAGAAGCAGCUCAUCAAGUUGGAUGCUGGAUGGUACUCUGAGAGUGAGAUGAAGACGGAGCUCAAGUGGAAGAAUCAGUAUGAUCUGGUGGAAGAAUUCUGGGUCACCAUCAGGGAAACCGGAACUCACGAAGAGUCAGUCACGAAGGAAGAGAAGCGGUACUCUUCUGAGAAGGAUGACAAGCCUAUGGAUCUGGGUUCUGCCUUCAGCGGCCUAGCUGCUAUGCAAGGGAGACAGGAUGCUGACAAUCGCAAGAUGACUGCAGAUGAGAAGUUCUCACAGAUCAAGAGCACCCUCAAGAAGUUCGUGGACAGUAUUGUUCAGAAGAGCAACAAGAUGAAGGGGUUAGUCAAAGAACUUCGCGAGAACUUCACCGAUUCUGGUGAAGUGCAGAAGUCGAUCAAGGAUCUAGAGGGCCAGGUGCAGAAGAUGGAGCAUCAGUACGAGAAAUGCAAUGAACUCCAAGCAGCAUGUUCUUCAGCUGUGCGGACAGCUCGGAAUGUGGUCCGCGAUUUUGGGGAUGCUGCCGCUUCUAGUGGGGGGCUGAUCCAGCUUUCCAAAUGUAGCGAUACAAAUGCUGAAAGGGAUACUCACCGACUGCUUACGAAGCGAUUGCACCUGAGCCUGGAAACAUAUGUGCCAUUACGCAGUGUGACUCAGAAUGGCAACAAGUUGACCAUUCUGCACCUCCAAGACUGGAUGCGGUUUCUGUUGCAGAAAAACUGCUUUCACAUAGUUACGGGGCUAGUGCGACCGGACGAGGCUCGACAAGAAGCUAUCCUACAUCAUUUCUGGAAAAACUUCGAGCUUUCACAUUCAUCUCAUCCAAUAUACGACUUAGCCCGGCAGGGCAAGGUCGUGCUGGAGCGAACAGCUCCGAUACUGUUUCACGGAGAUGAAGGGCGUGGCCGCAGAAGACAACCGUUCCUGGUUACAAGUUGGUCAUCAAUUCUAGGGCGUGGUACAGCGCCAUCUGAUCGAUUUCGCAAGAAGCAUGGUAUCCGGAACAAGUUCAUCAAACAUCGGACAAACUUCAUAGGGCACUCGUUUACGAACAGGUUUCUCCAGGCUGGAUGGCCAAAGAAAGCUUACGAGGAGGAGAGUGCCUUCGACAGGCUGCUUCGAUGUUGCAAGCGUGACAACGAUGUCAUGCUCCACGAGGGUCUGGUGGACAAGAGGACAGGCAAGAGAUACUUUGCCAUUGUAUUGGCCGUGGUGGGGGACUGGCAAUGGCUGGUGAAAGCGGGCAAACUUGCCCGCAGCUACAACCACGUUGUGAAGAAUACCGCCAAACAAGCAAAGCAUCCUGAAGGCAUUUGCCAUCUGUGCCAAGCAGGACAGAAAGACCAGCCGUUUGAAACGUUUCAGACUCGAAGCCCAGGCUGGCUGCAAACGUUUUGUGUGCAGGAUCCGUUUCUGGAUGCGCGAACACCCCUGGCAACCUUGCCACACAUGCCGGGCCAAGCGGCCACGCUGUUCAAGUAUGAUGUUUUUCACACAUGCCAUUUGGGCAUAUGCAAGGCUUUGGUUGGUUCGGGAUUGGCUUUACUCAGCCUGACUUUCCCAGGCAGAGGCAAAGAUGCACGCAUGGAACAAGUGUCAAACAACUUCAUGGAAUGGUGCAAGAACUCGGGGCGUCAACCUUUGCUGACCAAACUGACAAAGGAGUCUAUAUUGUGGGAUACGAAUGCUGAUUAUCCCGUGGGCUCAUGGUACAAAGCCUCGCUUUCCACGACCCUCUGCGAGUACAUCGAGGAUGUGACGAAGGACAAAACUUUUCAAGAUGUGCUUCUGAUGAAAUGCAGUGAGGCUGUGCAGGCCUUGAACAAAUUUCUCACUGGGCUCUACGAGGCUGAUGUGUUUUUGACCAGCGAGCAGGCCUAUACUUUGGGAGAGUACGGACUGCUGUUUCUGCGCCGAUAUUCUUUUUGUGCAGGGGAGGCCGCUCGACAAGGCAGGUGUUUGUUUUUAAUUCUUCCGAAGAUGCACUGCCUUCAGCAUAUUUGCCUACAAGACUUAGUGUUGGCUUCUCGACGCUUUUCUCUUGUGCUCAAUCCGCUGUGCUUCAGCGUCCAGCUUUGUGAAGAUUACGUAGGACGCAACUCUCGUGCGAGCCGCCGAGUUCAUCCGACUACCUGCACUUUGCGUGUUGCGCAACGCCACCUGCAGCUUGCUUAUUCGAAGUACAUCGCAGCCGGAUAUUUGGUGGAUGACAGCGCACAAAUGGAGAAGUAG